AUGGAUGCCAUCAAGAAGAAGAUGCAGAUGCUCAAGCUCGACAAGGAGAAUGCCUUGGACAGAGCUGAGAAGGCCGAGACAGACAAGAAGGCAGCUGAGGACAGGAGCAAACAGCUUGAGGAUGACCUGGUGGCACUGCAGAAGAAGCUGAAGUCAACUGAGGAUGAGUUGGACAAGUACUCUGAAGCCCUGAAGGAUGCCCAGGAGAAACUGGAGGUCGCUGACAAGAAGGCCACAGAUGCUGAGGCCGAUGUCGCCUCCCUGAACAGGCGUAUCCAGCUGGUGGAGGAGGAGCUGGACCGUGCUCAGGAGCGUCUGUCCACAGCUCUGACCAAGCUGGAGGAGGCUGAGAAGGCUGCUGAUGAGAGUGAGAGAGGCAUGAAGGUUAUUGAGAACAGGGCGAUGAAGGAUGAGGAGAAGAUGGAGCUGCAGGAAAUCCAGCUGAAGGAGGCCAAACACAUUGCUGAGGAGGCUGACCGCAAAUAUGAGGAGGUGGCCCGUAAGUUGGUGAUCAUUGAGAGCGACUUGGAACGUACAGAGGAGCGCGCUGAGAUGUCUGAGAGCAAGUGCGCUGAGCUGGACGAGGAGCUGAAAACCGUGACGAAUAACCUGAAGUCUCUGGAGGCUCAGGCAGAGAAGUACUCGCAGAAGGAGGACAAGUACGAGGAGGAGAUCAAGGUUCUCACAGACAAGCUGAAGGAGGCUGAGACCCGUGCUGAGUUUGCUGAGAGAUCUGUUGCCAAGCUUGAGAAGACCAUUGAUGACCUUGAGGAUAAACUCACACAUGCUCAAGAAGAAGGCCUGAGGGUAAAACAGACGCUGGAUCAGACUCUAAUGGAGAUGAUUAACAUUUGA